AUGCGCUCCAUCUCACUAAAAUUUUAUGCACCCGCGUCUCUCGAAUCUGAAAACCUGUCCCCAUUAGUCACAGAUUUUCGCGAGAGCACUGCAACUAAGGUUGCCUGGUUUGAUCAUCGGUUGCCCACGGGAUUUGCAGUGAGUACUCGUACGGUCUCGGAAAUAUCUUCCAAGGAGCUCGAAAUAGUGGCAGAUCACAAGGACAGCGGGACAAUUGUCAUCCCUCCGGAGCUUGUGGUCACCAGAACCCGGCUGGAUGUCGCAAAGUCCACGGGAGCCAAGGAUGACGGGGAACAAAAUGCCACACCUUCAGUAACAACGACAGCUGAUGGCCUAAUGUACUUGCCGCGCGAGCUACGAGACGAGAUCUACACUCAUCUCAUGAGCAACAUGCCCGCCGAGAUCCAAACCCGACAUACAAGUGGAUACAUCUUCGCACCGCUUACAUACCUACCAGCAAACGCUCUUCCGCCGUUAGCAUCAACCAAUCGCCAAAUACACCGGGAAGUCAGCCUCGCAUGGUUCCGCCGCACCAAGCUCAAGAUCGCCGGAUCCUCAUGCGGCAAUUACUCGUGUCUCUACAUGUUCCUCGAGUAUCUGAGCGAUGGCGAUGACGAGGGCUUUCGCAGUGUACGUUUCCUGGAGUACGAAUCGUUGCUCUGGGGAUUUGAAAAGGACCCUGAUGGGGAUUUCUGGCGAAAGGCGCCUGUUGACAUUCACAGACGAUGUACGGGACUCAAAGAGCUCACGGUACAAAUUGAGGACCCGCGGUUGUAUGCGUUGUACAAGUAUCUCUGGUCCUUGGGAAUUGCACGGGACUUUUGGGCUGGGGCUUCCAUGACCCCGUUGAGUCAUUUUGAAGAUAAAAUGCAGAUGGGCAAUAUCUUUGACCAUUCGGGUUCUUUCAGGCUGAGGGUAGUGUUUGUGGAUGUUGAAAAUGUUCCGUAA